AUGCAGCUGUUUACUAAUAUCAGUACUGAACUGACCCUGAAGGAAUUUGAUAUGUUCUUGGAGGAGGAAGCUGAGUCUUGUUACAAGGAGUUACAAGUUAGUUACUUUUUCCUUAUUGAUAUCUUAUAUAUGUCUUGUUUUCCCAAUGAUUGUUAUGAAAUUUUUCAGCAGUCAGAAGGUAAGGCUAAAGACGGCCUUUAUAUCAUUCAACUAAUGAAGGAUCUUAUAGUUGUGUAUUGUGAUAUGCACAGUGCAGAAGGCGGCUGGACCGUGGUCCAGCACAUCACUGCUAAUACUUCCUUGGAUUUUGACCGAACAUGGGAGGACUACAAGCAAGGAUUUGGAUUGGUUAAUGGCGAUCAUUGGCUGGGCAAUGAAUUCAUGCACAGACUUACGAGCAAGCCAAGAGCAUACAAGUUGGGAAUAAAGCUAAUUGAUAUUAAUGGCGAAAUGAAAUGGGGAGAAUAUGAUCCAUUCCUUAUUGAACAUGAAAAAGCCAAGUACAAAAUUAGGCUUGGUCUUUAUCAAGGAACAGCAGCUGAUGCUUUGACACAAGAUACAGAAGCAUAUAUCCAUGAUAACCAAAAAUUCACCACAAAAGAUAGUGAUAACGACAACUACUUUCAGAACUGUGCUAAAGUUGAGCUGAAUGGGAUUUCAGGUGGAGGAUGGUGGUACAAUGCCUGUGCUGGAGCCAACCUGAACAGAAGAAAUAUUCUGUACUGGCAGAAUGAUUGCAAUAAAGAAAAUCUGUGCAAAUAUGCGUGGAUGAUGGUAAAACCUAAUAAGAAGCGAGAUAAAUGUAGCGAUAGCUCGCAUGAUGAACUAUAAUUUUGGUGUAUUACGCAAAACUGCAAAUCAAUCCAAUUCAUACUUUAAUUUGUCAUUUUUCUUAAGUAAAUGUUGUAUUUAGGAAUAUUAAAGUACCAUUUACUGCAAGGGUAAUAACAAAUACAUAUAUCAACGUAGUUUGAAUAAAUUUGUUACACCGCUUGGUACAGCAUGUAUGAACUAAUUUUUAUGGAAAAAAAAUGAUGAAUCCUUUUCAAGACAUGAUUCAGAUUGACUGGUUCAAUGGGUCUGAAUGUAAUUAUUUUACUUUUGCAAAUUUGAUUCAAAUCUAGCUCAGAUGAAGGGACAGAAUUCUUUGUAAGAUGCGUGUAAAGAGCUGAAACUAAAUUACAUUUGCAGUGUUGCUGAAAAAGCUAUUGAACGCUAAAAUGUCAAGAGGAAUUAGUUCAGGUUUGGGGGUAAGGCAUAUUGUUGAGCAGAGUAAACUAUAUCUACAAGUUAACAGUGCAUGUGUGAUGUUGAUGCUGGUUGAAAAAGAGAAUGUGAAUACUUUUUAACAAGUACAAAACUUGCAAGCACAAGAAAAAAAUAUAUUUCAGAAUCCAAAUGAAAAUACUGAUGGUGAAAUCCAGUGUUCAUGACAGAUAUAUAAAAAAAAACAAGCUGAAGUAACCAAACCAGGUUAAAAAUCACACAACACCAGGUUAUAGUCCAA